AUGGCCAUUCUUCAUCUUACCUGCUUUGAUAAUGUCGUCAGAAAGGACCAUUCUCUGGAGAAGGAUGUCAUGCUUGCAGGGUGUGUCUGGGGCUUCCCGUUGCCGCCGCCGACGCUUUCCUGCGGCAGCCGCCGCCUCCUUGCCGCUGCGGCCCCCGCGGCCGCUGCUUCCCUGUUGCCGCCGCUGCUUCCCUGCCGCCGCCGCCACUUCACUGUCGCAGCCGUUUUCUCCAAGAGCCCAGCCCACCCUGCACGUUUUCCCCUGGUUCUCAGUUCCUUUCUGCGCAUCCGGGGUCGGGACAGUGGAGUUGGUGGACUGGACCUAGAUCUCCGUGCAUUAACAGGAUGUGAUGAGAGCACACUUGUGAUUCACAUUUUGUUGGGAGUUCUGGUGGGUUUGUGGAAUGAGGACUCAGUGAUCAUUGAGGAUGUGGCUGUGAACUUUACCCAGGAAGAGUGGGCUUUGCUGGAUGUUGCUCAGAGGAAACUCUACAUAGAUGUGAUGAUGGAAACCUUCAUAAAUCUGGCCUCAGUAGUUUCUCGAAACCUUAGUGAUGGAGAAAAAUUUUCCAGUGAACAUACAGUAGUGCGAUUCAUGAAGAAUGACACCUGGUCCUCCAUGUUAGGAGAAAUCUAUGAAUUCCGUGGUAUUGAAGAUCAGCAUAACAAUCAGGGGAGUUAUUUCAGAAGGCAUAUAGUAGAGAACCUCCAUGAAAAUAAUGAAGGUAAUCAAUAUGGAAAAACUUUCAGUCAGAUUCCAGAGCUCAAAAGAACUAUUGAGGUAAAUCCUUCUGCAUACCUUGAGUGUGGAAGAUCCUUUAUAUACCCUUCGUCACCUAGGAAUUGUAUCAUAUCUGAAACUGGAUGCAGUACUUAUCAGUGUACGGUAUGUAGAGAAACCUGCAAUUGUCCUUACCUAAGCACCCCUGUGAAGAAUUUUAGUGGAGAAAAGCCCUAUGUAUGUAACCGAUGUGGGGGAAAUUUCUGUAGUUUCUCGUCCUUUCAAACACAUGUGAGAGGUUGUAAGGGUGAAUAUAAAGAAUACUGGAAAACCUGUCCCUCAUCACUCAGUUUACAUAAAAAAUUUCGUAGUGCAUAUAAACCUUAUGAAUGUAAGGAAUGUGGUAAAGCAUUUCGUCAUUCCUCAGCCCUCAUUACACAUAUAAGAACUCACAGUGGAGAGAAACCUUAUGAAUGCAAGGAAUGUGGGAAAGCCUUUAGUGAUCCCUCAUCUCUCACUACACAUGUAAGAAUUCACAGUGGAGAGAGGCCUUAUGAAUGUAAGGAAUGUGGGAAAGCCUUUACUAAUUCCUCAGCCCUCACUAGACAUACAAGAACUCAUAGUGGAGAGAGACCUUAUGAAUGUAAGGAAUGUGGCAAAGCCUUUAGUGAUUCCUCAUCCCUCACUACACAUUUAAGAACUCAUAGUGGAGAGAGACCUUAUGAAUGUAAGGAAUGUGGAAAAGCUUUUAGUAUUUCUUCAUCCCUCACUACACAUAUAAGAACUCAUAGCGGAGAGAGACCUUAUGAAUGUAAGGAAUGUGGGAAAGCCUUUACUGGUUCUUCAGCUUUCACUACACACAUAAGAACUCACAGCGGAGAGAGGCCUUAUGAAUGUAAGGAAUGUGGGAAAGUCUUUAGUCAGUCAUCCUCUCUCAUUACACAUAUAAGAACUCACAGUGGAGAGAGACCUUACGAAUGUAAGGAAUGUGGAAAAGUCUUCAGUAAUUCCUCAGCCCUCACUACGCAUAUAAGAAUUCACACUGGAGAGAAGCCUUAUCAGUGUGAGGAAUGUGGAAAAGCCUUUAGUCAUUUCUCAAACCUCACUAAACAUAUAAGAACUCAUAGUGGAGAGAAGCCUUAUGGAUGUAUGGAAUGUGGUAAAGUAUUUAGCCGUUCCUCACACCUCAUUAGACAUAUAAGAACUCACAGUGGAGAGAGGCCUUAUCAGUGUAAGGUAUGUAGGAAAGCCUUUACUGACUCUUCAUCCCUCACUAGACAUAUAAGAAUUCAUAGUGGAGAGAGGGCGUAUCAAGGAAAGCAAUGUGGAAAUGCCUUUAUUCACUCUUCAGUUCUUAAUGAGCAUCAUUAACGUCAUAGUGGAGAGAAUUUCUGGUUGUAA